UUUAGUUACAAAAAUGCAAAUAUUAGUAUUACUUUUAAGUAUAGUAAUUUCAUUAGCUCAAGUAGAUGAGGAAGAUAUACAAAGAGCUCAUCAGCAAUAUGCUGAUGCUCUUAAACAUGAUGGAACAAAGCGUGUAGUGGCAGCUGAUGCAAGUAAUUUAGAUCAACUUCUUAAAAAGAAUCGUUUAGUAUAUAUUUUAUUUUGGAUAGACAAUAACCAAGCUACUGAAAAACUGAAUGAAAAUGAGUUAAACACUUUAGAAAUAGUUGCACAAGUAUUUGAAAGUCAAAGCGUUAAGUUCUGCACUUGCGAAGUUAUGGCUAAUCAAAAGUUUGCUGUAUCUGCAGGAGUUAAAUAUACUGGAAUGGUAAAAAUAUUUAACAAUGGAAGACCGUCUACUUAUUCUGGUCAGAGAUCUCCUGAUGUUAUUAUCCCUUACAUUAAAAAGAUGAUGGAAAAUCCUGUGAUUGUUAUCUCUUCACGUGCAGAAAAAAAAUAUUAUGAAUCUCAAGAACUGCCAAAAAUUAUUGCAUAUUUUGAGAAAGACAGCAAAGAGAUUCAAGAGUUAAUAAAAACUUCUUUGUACUUCCAUCCUAUGAUUCUAUUUUUUGUUGUUCAGGAUGCCAAAAUUGCAAAGCAGUUUCAUUUGAAAAAAAUAAACACUAUUCAGUUUAUUAAACCACUGGAAAAGACAUUGAUUUUUCCUGCUGAGGAAAAGAUAACAGAAAAAAAUUUAGUUGCAUUUUUAAAUAAACAUAAAAAACAGCGCUUAACAAAAAUGAUGUUAGAAAACCUUCAUGACAUUUGGGCUGUCGAUAUUUUAGGUUAUAUGGUAUCUAUUUUUGCAAUUAAAAAUACUGAAGACGGUAAACUGUUUCUCUCGAUGAGUAAAUCGUUGACUAAAUACUUUGAAAAGCAAGACAACCUUUCGUUCGUUUGGAUAGAUCCAAAACUUUUCCCAACUAUGCUUGAUUACUGGCGAACUACAUUUCAAAUUGAUCCUCUUCGUCCUACUAUAGGUGUUAUCGAUGUCCGCAAUCAAUCUUCAGUUUGGUAUAAAGUACAAGAAGAUGAUGAAAUUAGUUUAAACGGAGUUAAGAAAUGGCUGCUUGAAGUCAUUGCAGGAAACUUAACUUUAGAACCAAUGAGACCAUAUGAGCCUCCUAAACCUAAAACUGAUGUUGACGAGCAUUCGUCAAAUGAUCUUAAAGAAGAAUUAUAGCGCAAAUUUGUUUUAAGAAAAUUUCACAAUUAUUUCAAUUGAUAUCAAUUGAUAGGAUUUUUUAAAUAGUUUUUACACAAGUUAAUAAAGAAGAAAUUAAUAAAGUUAAUAAAGAAGAAAUCUUUAAAAA